GACAAGAUCUUUUUUAAAUUUGUCUCUUUUCCCACCCGGAACAAAUGUGUCACACCCCUUCUAGAUAAGUAUAUAGAAUCAGUUCUGUUUAUUUACGUAGCAUCAAUUCACCGCAAUUGUCAUUUCAAGGUAGGUCUAUGUAAUUUCCAGUUAUAUAUAUUCAAUUCAGUUUAAAGGAUAUCCAAAUCGGUCCAGAACAAUUAAGUGUAAUCUAACUUUAGUCAACAAAAGAAGGUCGUUACACAGUUGUGAGGAACUGCAGAUGAAGUCCUCAUCUGAACUGUGCAUCCUAUGAGCGCCUCCAGAGACUGCCCCCGGUAAAGGAGAGAUUGUGUGUCCAUAUUUUAACAUAUGACAGAACUGCUCCGUCCUCAGAAAGCACCGGUCGCCUCAGCGCUUACAGGUGGAACAUGAAAAUGGACCAUGACCGGGAGGAGUUUACUCUGAGUGAACUUGUACGACCGGUGGCAUUGUGUUAAGAGCCCUGCGCUUUGGAUAAUGCUCUUCACCCUUAUCUGUGCACUUUUCCGCUUCCGCUGAGAUCUUACAUUCAGCUUAGUUUUCUUUGCUCUGUUGGUCAUAGCGUUCCUCACUUGAUGCAAACAUCGACAUGUUUGUCAGGACAGUUUUUCUCCUCCACUUUGUCAAAUUUAUUCGAUGCAUGGAAAGUGAGAUUUGCUUUCCGAUUAAGCUGGAUGACGACAGGGGAGAUCUUAACAACGACUUGGAUAUCAGUGUUAGAAAGCAUGUCAUGAAGAUACAAGCUUUCCAGCAAGAAUUAGUGAUCGAUUUACAGCAAGAUUCAGAUUUCAUUGCUCCCUCCAUCUCCAUCCAAGACGGGUUUUGGUUCUCCAACACUGAUGUCAGCACUGACUUGAGAGGGUGUUUUUACUCUGGAUAUGUGAACGGCGACAGAGGUUCAUAUGCUGCUUUAAGCCUCUGCAAGGGUUUGAAUGGCGCCUUUGGCUUCCAGGGUUGGGAAUAUUUCAUCCGCCCGGUGCGCAAUGACACCCGGAGCGCACAAGACGCGCACAUCGUCCGACGCAGACCCAGCAACGACCUCAAGCAGAACUCCACUUCCAGGUGCGCAGUGGAGAGCGAUCUGAGCCCCUUAGACGCGCAAUCCCUGCAGAAAUAUAAGCAGAUGACGGACCUCAAUAAUGUGACCGAAACGAUGCUGAAGAAGAUGGGCAGAGCUAAAAGGUUCGCGUCUGUCCCCCGGUACGUGGAGACGCUGGUGGCUGCGGACGAGUCCAUGCUGAGCUUCCAUGGGGAUGACCUGAAGCACUACCUCUUGACGCUGAUGUCGGUCGCAGCGAGGCUGUACAGGCACCCCAGCAUCCUCAACUCCAUCAGCAUUACAGUGGUGAAGAUCGUGAUUAUAUCCGAGGAGGACAAAGGUCCCAAAGUCUCCGGGAACGCAGCCAUGACGCUGCGUAACUUUUGCACUUGGCAAAAGAAGAUGAACAAACACAACGACAAGCACCCGGACUACUGGGAUACAGCGAUUCUCUUUACUAGACAGGAUCUUUGUGGAGCCUCCACCUGCGACACUCUUGGCAUGGCAGACGUUGGCACCAUGUGCGACCCGAAGAGGAGCUGCUCUGUCAUCGAAGACGACGGCCUCCCCUCGGCCUUCACCACCGCUCAUGAGCUCGGCCAUGUGUUCAACAUGCCACAUGACAAUGUGAAGGCCUGUGAAGAUGUGUUUGGAAAGCUGCAGGAAAACCACAUGAUGUCCCCUACGCUUAUUCAGAUCAACCGCACCAGUCCCUGGUCUCCUUGCAGUGCUGCCAUCAUCACCGAGUUUCUGGACAGUGGGCAUGGGGAUUGUUUGCUCGACCAGCCUCAGAAAACACUAGUUCUUCCAGAUGUGCUGCCUGGUUCCUCCUACGAUCUCGACCGUCAGUGUGAGCUCGCCUUCGGAGAAGGCUCCAAGCCAUGCCCUUUCCUGCAGCCGCCAUGCAGCCGACUGUGGUGCACAGGGAAGUCCAGCGGCCAUCUGGUGUGCAUGACUCGACAUUUCCCCUGGGCAGACGGGACCCGCUGUGGUGACGGGCAGGUCUGCGAUCGAGGCGUCUGCUCUGACAAACAGCUACAAACUGUGAAGUUGGAUGGUCGUUGGGGUAAGUGGGGUCCAUUCGGUUCCUGUUCCCGCACAUGUGGAAGCGGGGUCCAGCUGUCUAAACGAGAAUGUAACAACCCAGCCCCUUCAAACGGGGGCAAAUACUGCCAAGGAGUACGGGUCAAAUAUCGCUCCUGCAGCCUCAACCGCUGCCCUGAGACAGAUAAGACGUAUCGAGAAGAGCAGUGUGAGACCUCUGGCCAGACUUUCAGCAGUAGCCGUGUUGCCCAGUCUGUGGUGUGGGUGCCAAAAUACUCCGGAGUUUCACCAAAGGACAGAUGCAAACUCAUCUGCAGAGCUAACGGGACUGGCUAUUUCUAUGUACUGUCUCCCAAAGUUGUUGAUGGGACUCCAUGCUCGCCAGACUCCACAGGCGUUUGUGUCCAAGGGAAGUGCAUCAAAGCUGGAUGUGACAGAGUAAUUGGCUCCACAAAGAAGUUUGAUAAGUGUGGAGUCUGUGGAGGCGACAACAAGAGCUGCAAGAAGGUGUCGGGACUCUUCACCAAGCCUGUGCACGGCUACAACUUCGUUGUCGUGUUGCCAGUGGGUGCUGCCAAUGUGGACAUCCGUCAGCGAGGCUACAAGGGAAUGAUGGGUGAUGACAACUACUUGGCAGUGAAGAACAGCAAGGGGCAUUACCUUCUCAAUGGGAAUUAUAUUGUGUCCGCUGGCGAGAGAGACAUCAUUGUAAACAACAGCCUGUUGCGCUACAGCGGCACCACCGGCCUCUCCGAGACCCUGCAUGCCGUGAAUCCCCUAGGAGAGGCCUUGACUGUGGAAGUGCUGUGUGCAGGCAAGAUAACACCUCCUCGCAUACGCUACUCCUUUUACCUUCACCGUCAGACCAAGGAAGACAAAAUGCUGAAGAAGGGGGAGCGUGCAAAUUUGGAGAACAGCGUCCUGACAAAAGACGAAAUGACGGAGGAUGAGGAAGACAAUCUUAAAAGCUCUUACAGCAAGAUGAAUGCUCUUGUCGGGAAAUGGAUAUCUGCACCCUGGGAAGAGUGCUCGGUGUCCUGCGGCCGUGGUUUCCAGAGGAGGAUGGUGCAGUGUCUAAAAUCAGAUGGCAAGCCAGGGCUGGACUGUGAUUCUUCACAAAGACCCUCUGCCACCAGGGUUUGCGGAGACCCUUGUGCUGAUUGGUAUAUUGGGCAGUGGUCCCCCUGCUCCAGAACCUGUGGGAAGGGCUUCAAGAGACGACCUCUCCACUGCAAAGACCACACUGGGCUUCUGCUCCCAAGGGAUCUUUGCAAGGGCUUACGUAAACCUCAGGAGCUGGACUUCUGUAACCUAAGCACUUGUCAGUAACGUGAAACUAUAUAUUAAAAAAAUAAUGUUAAUAAUAAAUAAAAUUCUGUGUUUCAAAGGAACCAAAACGAACCCUCUAGCUAGUAUUACACCAUAUCUAGUGGUUUCAGCUGUUGCAUCCUGCAUUGUUGGACUGCUGGAGGAUAUUAAUGGAGAGUGCUCAGAAGAAAAACAAGAACACGAAAGAGCAGCAGCCAAGGAAUGAGUUCUGGCAGAUCAGUUUCAAUGACAUCAGUUUGGCUUUCAAAAAAAAUCACCUCGCUGUAGCUUGAUGAAAGCUACUCAAUUUGAAAGUCAAAUCAAACAUAGAUCCCCUGCACUGCUAGUUGAUACAGAACCUUUAAGCAAUCAGCCUAUUUUAACAGAGUGAGUCUGCAAUCCAUUUUAUGUCACAAUAGUUAAAUUGCACAGAUGUCAGAGUUUUAGCUAUAUCUCACAAACAUUGGUGAAGUCAGCUGGGUGUCAAAAAAAUCUGCAAAGUUAUCUAAACUGACAGCUGGCAAACUUUUGAUGUUUCCUGACAGUGU